UCCCUCAUUAACACAAAGCGAGCUCUGUAAGUAACACAGAACGUGGCGCUGAAACAGGUUCGAACCUCUCGCACACCACCUGAAAGUAUUUUGUUCCAUAUUUCGAUGGCCCCUCCCAGGACAUUCAAUUCUACAGGGGAUACGUUUAAGAGGAAACGGUCUGGGGCGUUUUCAGAAGCGAUGAAUUAAUUAUACAUUCCUGUUCUCCAGAGCCAGCUGCUACUGUCCCCGGGCCACACUGAAUGUUUCUGAAGCCAGAAAGGGGCUCUAAAACGGUUUAAUGUCCGCACCAGGUUACCCGACCGGGCCUUCCCCUUACCCCUCCCCCCAUGCCCCCCCGUACCCUGUGUCGCCGUACGGCUACGGCCCUGCCCCGGGACCCCUGGGGCACGAUGCUCCUCCCCUUGGCUUCCUGCCCCACCCCCAGCCCAACAUGCCCCCUCACCCCGUCAGCCCACCGGCCCCUUACAGUGUCCCGGGAGUUCCUGCCCCACCCACGGCUGCCCACCGCAGGCACCCUGAGGAGGAACCCGGCAUCGUUCACAGCCCUCUGAUCGGCGGGUCAGCUGCCAAUCGGGAACUGGACUACCUGACACAGGUAAAGCUGGGGGGCGUUGGGCGUCGAGCGGGUGGGCACGUUCUGCCCCCUUUGUACAAACCUGUCCUUCCUCCCGGUUUCUCUCUCCGUAACGGGAAAACGGGAGUGAAGCUACAGCCAAUGAGCAAUGUAUUAGUGAGAGUGCACCUGGGCUGGUACUGUCCAGUCCUUAAGCGAGGAGGGAUGGGGCUUUGCUGUCCAGUACAAUUGUGGCUUAUCUCACGUCCUGGUCUCAACUCCACUCUCCCACCCACUCCCAAUUCCAGCCCCUCACUGCUUGAAAUACGUCUCCACCUUCGAUUUAUCCUGAGUCCCGGCCUCCGCAGAUUCGCAAACCUUUGAGGGAAGUGUUACGACGUGGGGUAGGCCCCUCUGCUCAUCGAGACCCCACACACAGAGAAGCCCACCUCACCCUGUAACCUGUUCGACUUCCCGAGGCACAGAACCACCCCAGAGGCUACUAUUUAAAGUAAAAAUUAACAGUUUUAUUUCUAAACAGCUAUUUGCCACUGCUUUCUGGUAAACCUAUCUUUUACCUCCCCGCUCUACAACGCUGGUCUGAUUAAAAACCCCAAUUAAGAUUUACAAAAAGAGAUUCAAAUUUCGAAUCUAGCCAGCUGUCAAAUCUUCUUUUGGUAUCUUCCUCCGCAGAUGUUGCUCUGUCGUCUUUUCUUUGGCGUUCUGCUUUAUGGCCCUUUCAUAUGAGCAGGUACCCUUCAGAGGGUUAUUCAGGUGGCAGUGUGUACUUGCUAGUUUGCCUGGCAGGUCUCCCCCUAACUGUUCAAAAUGUCCAGUUUUUUAUCCCAAAACAUCACACCAUUUCAUCGGUUUGAUGUUGUCACAAACAGUAAAAAUCAAAUUCGAUUGGAUUUUGG